AUCCCCACUGUGGCACUGUGGCACUAUCACUAGUCACUAGGGGGUGUGAGCAUCCACUGGGCUAAUCACCGUUACAAUAGCAACUCAUCGAGUCGACAAAGUUUCAUACACUUGACGUGUUUACCUCCGUCUUCCAAACGCAUUAAUUUUGUUUCUGGCAAACACACGCAGGGAAAGAGGAAAACAUAUAGUUUCCUCGUAGAAAACAUGUAGUCAGUUAUUGCGAAAGACGAAUCAAGCUUCGGAAACUGAUUGAACUUUGUCAGAACAGUAAAGUGCUUUACUGGUAGUUUGGCGUGGGAGGUGAGGAGGCUGAAGGCGACCAGGUCAAGGGAAGCUUGGAACAGACAACAAUAUGAUCAAGGAUAGGCUGGAGUCGCUCAAGGCGGCACAGGCCCGGGACAAUGGCGAGACGCUGGUGGCUGGCCAGGUCAACCUUGAAAUGGAAAAACAGGAUCUUGGUGACAUGGAGGACUUCUUCAAGCAGGUGGAGGAGAUCCGUGGGAUGAUUGACAGGGUCAACAGCCAAGUGGAGGUUGUCAAGAAACAUCACUGCGAGAUCCUCUCAUCCUCUCAACCAGAUGAAAAUGUGAAACAAGCGCUGGACGACCUCAUGGCUGAUGUUAAAGAUACUAGCGCCAAAAUAAGAAACAAACUCAAAGCGUUGGAGCCGACGCCGGAGGAGGCCAGCAAGGACGCUAGUGCCCGCAUGAAGAGUACUCAACAUUCAACCCUCACUAGGCUCUUCGUGAACGCCAUGACGGAAUACAACACGAUACAGACCAACUACCGCGAUCGCUGCAAGGCCAGGAUACAGAGGCAGCUCAAAAUUACCGGCCGCGACACCACAGACGAGGAGCUGGAGCAGAUGCUGGAGACUGGCAAUGUUGAGAUCUUCACCCAGGGGAUUAUAAUGGAGACUCAGCAAGCGAGACAGAGUUUGGCAGACAUCGAGGCCAGACACGACGACAUCAUCAAGCUGGAGACUUCAAUCAGAGAGCUACACAACCUCUUCAUGGACAUGGCGGUCUUAGUUGAGACGCAGGGGCUCAUGGUCGACAGUAUUGAAAAACAUGUCCUCAGCGCUGUUAAGUAUGUAGAAGAAGCAAAGAUAAAUAUAAAGAAAGCUAAGAAAGUUCAAAGUAAAGUGCGGAAGAAGAAAAUCCUGAUCAUCAUAUGUGUUAUAGUUCUGCUGCUGUUGCUUGCCCUGAUACUGGGAAUAACCUUAUCAUAGCACCAUAAUUAGAGUAGAGGCUGAUGGGCAUGUACACCACGGUAAGGUAAUGUAAUUGUUAAAAGAAAGUACGAAGCCAGCAUGACUAUAUAGCACUUGGAAGGGAUACUAAGACAGGAUGGGAGGAAGAAAUAAAGGAACGGUGCCUAACAUUGAGCGCCGAUCAGCAAGAAGCAAGAUAGUUGCUCUGCCGUCCAAGUGGAUGGACGGGUUUUUUCUCCCAACGUUUUGGCUUGAUUGUUACUACCUAGGAGGUCCGGGCAUGUGUGCCAAACGUCGAGUUAGGAGUGUUUGUGAGGUAAUGUGUGUGGGACCCUCAAGGCGUCUCUCUAGUUAUACUUGCCGCAAACAAAAUAUUUUAAUUCCAAUUAACUUUUGUAAUAAAUAACUUUUAUGCUUAAUUAUUAAAUAAUUUUUAUUUCUCUUUUUUUGUGCAGCACUAUAGAACGGUUUAAUUUUAAUCAAAUUUGAGAAAAUGUUUCUUCUUAAUUUUCUAAAAAUAAGAGUAAAGUUACUUUUUAUUUUAAUACAACUCAAAUCCAUUUUAAUUUAUAAUUGCCCCAAUGAUUGUAACCUAUUCUGAUGUUAUUUCAAUUAUUGACAUUCCUGAAGUCAUAUUUCAGUGUGAUAAAGACUAUUAUUACACUGCAAUGUAAAAUACACCUUCAACAUGAAAAGAGUGAAGAGUGAGAUAAUGAAGCUUGUUUAUAUAUGAAGAAUUAAAAUCUAUUUACAUCUCUGUUAUUAUUUAUAUACUGUAUUUUGUAAUAUAUUUAUCACCUAUUUAAAAAACAAUUAGAAAAUUGUCUAUUCUCAAAUUUUCAUUGAAACAUUGUUAUUCUAAACUUGACAUUAUGUUUGUGUGACGUUGUCAUAAUAAUCUUAUGAAUCCCAGUUUGUCAGUCCCCUGUACACAGGCUCUCAGGGAACACAAGACUGUACUUGACGAUAAUUACACUAGAUACCAUUUGCAGAAAUGAAGCUAUGCUAAUAUUAACCUAUUUAUAUUUGUUAUGAGUGGCACGCUGGUGGUAUCCCAGCUUGCCCAUAAUCUUUGUCAAAUUACAUCUUGAAGCUCCUAAUGAUUUGGACAUUCACUGCUCUCUCAUUUAAACUGUUCCAUUAGUUUAAAACUGAGUAUAAUAGCAUUCUUGUUUAUUCAGUAAUGGCCGAUACUGUUUCAUAAGAUCUUUCGUUAUAAGUAUAUAUUCAAGCUAUUUUUGAUAGCUGGUAUCACAAAAAUUAUAUAUUUCUCUGGUCCAGACAAGUGAAAUUGAUCUAUUUCGCAAAUAGUAGAUAUAAAAAAAAAUUGUCAGAACUAAUACCUAAUGUCAUUAGGCAGAAUUUUGCUAACAUUGUAUAUAAUAAUUAAGUUCAGGUAAUACAAUACAAGGUGGUUAAAUGAGAUGAAUUUAAAUUUAUAAAUUUAUACAUAUGCUUUAUGUGGUUUUAUAUGAUCACGUAUAUUCUUUUAUGAUUUUAUAUGAUUUUUAUUACCUUGUGAAGUCUUAUAUUGACUUAUGAGUUAUGAUUUUAUAUAGUCAUUUGUGUUCUUAUAUAUAGAGCCUGUGGAGGAUCUUAUAUAUUCUUUUGUCUCAUCAACAUAAAAUCUGUAAAAUAUAUAAAUACUUUACUAAAAAUAUUACAGAAAUGUAAAUAAUUUACAUUCAGAAGCUAAACUAUACUAAUGAUCUGAACCGACUUCGACAAUUUUGUAUAUAAAUGUGAGAUUAUUAGCUGAGUACCAGUUUACACUCAUAAAUAUUUCCGGCAGUUAGGGGAGCUGUGAUGUAAAGUUUGUAGAUAUUAACUACGAUAUAAAUGACUAGCAAUAGUUUUUUGGUGAGAACACGAGAAUUGAGGAAAUUGCGGAAAGCCUAUUGGCCCAUACAAGAAAGCCUAUUGGCCCAUACAAGAAAGCCUAUUGGCCCAUACGAGUGAUUUCCUAUAAUACUUGUGUUGAGGACUAGCUUUAAAGACAUGUCAACAGCAGGAGGGUUAUUAGGGCACAACAAAGAGCUCAUAAACCAACCAGAAAGUAUAUUUUACUUCUGAACAUAGUCCAGGACUAAAGUACACUCAGGGAUGUAAUUGUUAAUGUAAUAAUUUUUGCUGAGGUCUGAUUAAGACCAUUUGUGCCGUCUGUAAUCCUUUUUGCGCUACCGCUCAAAAUAUAUGUACAGAUGAUUGUACUCAGAGUUUUACUGUAGGUUUGGAUAAUAUUUAUUGACAUUCCUGAAGUAUAUAUCACAUCAUGAAGCCCUUACAAAUUUACUUUAGUGAUGACGUUGGCAAAUUAGUGUCGCCUUUAGAAAGAAAAUUAUGCAAAAGAAUGUCAUCAAUUUAUUGAGGGCCAUAUUUUUGUAAAAUACGUGCAAUAUAUUUUGCGUAUACCAGAGUAUACUGAUCCUGUCAGUAUUUCACUACAUUUUUAUUCUUGUGCCAAUAAUGUUAUCAGACAGAUUGUAAUGUUGCGGGAUUCUUAAUGAUGACCAAUGAACAAGUGUAUGAUGUCUUAUUCCGAAAUAUAGUACCUAAAGUAGAGGAGAUAAACCCACUUUUUUAACUAGCAAUUAAUAUGGGUAAACCUGCCUGUCAAAUUUAUAGCUUCUAAACAGCGUAAACUAUUGUAUAGAUUUAGUCAAUAGACCCUCCAUACAAAUGAUAGGCUGAUGUUGAAUAUGCAUGUAACGAAAUUGAGAAUAAUAUGCAUAUAUUUUAGUUUUGUGAAUAAAACGUUGCACUUGUAAUUUAGAUUAAAGACACUAUUGCAGCAUUAUGCAGAACAGACAUUAUAGUGGAUUUAAUGAGUUUUUAGUGUUUAAUAUUGACAUAAAAUGCAAGAAAAUUAAAAAUACAUUGCUACUUUCUGAUUAUCUUUUGUGUCGAUAUGAAAGCGUUAGGAUUAUUCAGUAGACAAAAUACUGAAGUUUUGAAGGAUAGGAUAAAGUAUUAUAUUUGAGUUUACAGUAUUGAUCUCAUAUAUGAAGAAUUGUAAAAAAGAAAAUUAUAUAAACUACAGUAUAUGUAAUGUAGCGUUUCCUUUGUAAAAUAAGGUAUAUAUAAUAUUGUACUGUAUACAAUUCAAUAAAGAAGAAAAAAAAAUGCAUUUUUCUUAAAAAAAUAAAUGAAUGAAUCAUGUCUCGAAAA